AGGCGGCGGCAGCGGCAGCGGCUGUGGAAGAUGAAGAGACCGGGCGCCGGCAGGAACAGCCGCAAGCCUGUCGCCCCUCGGCCGCCUCUGUGCUGAUCUCGGUGCGUCUCCCCCUCAGCCCAGCCGUUUGGACACAAAGCCGGCGGCGGCCAUGGAAGAGGAGCUGAAAUGCCCCGUGUGCGGCUCGCUGUUCCGGGAGCCCAUCAUCCUGCCCUGCUCACACAACGUCUGCCUGCCCUGCGCCCGCACCAUCGCCGUGCAAACGCCCGAAAGCGAACAGCACCUGCCCGCCCUACUGCACCCGCGGGCCCCGGCUGCAGGGCCCGGGCCCGGGGCCGCCGCCGGCUCGGCUCCGCUCGACUACGACUGCGGGGCCGGUGGCGGGGCUGGCGGCGGCGGCGGCGGUGGGGGUAGCGGCGGCGUAGACCACGCGGACAAGCUGAGCCUGCACAGUGAGACCGACAGCGGCUACGGCUCUUACACCCCCAGCCUUAAGUCUCCCAACGGGGUGCGCGUCUUGCCGCUGGUCCCGCCGCCGCCGGGCUCCUCGGCGGCCGCUGCUGCAGCCGCGGCGGCUCCCCGGGGAGGAGGAGGAGGUGCCAGCUCCUCGCUGACCUGCCCGCAGUGCCACCGCAGCGCCUCCUUGGACCACCGCGGCCUCCGCGGCUUCCAGCGCAACCGGCUGCUAGAGGCCAUCGUGCAGCGCUACCAGCAGAGCCGGGCCGCCGCCUCGGCAGCCGCCAAGUGCCAGCUGUGUGACCGCAGCCCUCCCGAGGCCGCCGCGGUCAUGUGCGAGCAGUGCGAGGUGCUCUACUGCGCCGCUUGCCAGGUCAAAUGCCACCCGUCCCGGGGGCCCUUCGCCAAGCACCGCUUGGUUCCUCCCCCCAGCCAGCAGGGCGCCGCUGGCGGCGCGAGCGGCGGGCCAGGCGGGGCAGCCCCCAGCAAGGCCCCCGGGGCCGCCCGCAAGCCCCCCACCUGCGCGGACCACGAGCUGGAGAACUAUAGCAUGUACUGUGUGACCUGCCGGACGCCGGUCUGCUACCAGUGCCUGGAAGAAGGCAAACAUGCCAAGCACGAGGUGAAACCCUUGGGGGCCAUGUGGAAGCAGCACAAGGCACAACUGUCUCAGGCUUUAAAUGGCAUUUCAGAUAAAGCAAAGGAAGCAAAAGAGUUUCUUGUUCAGCUGAAAAACAUUCUGCAGCAGAUACAGGAAAAUGGCUUGGACUACGAAGCUUGUUUGGUUGCUCAAUGUGAUGCGUUGGUUGAUGCUUUAACUCGCCAGAAGGCAAAACUGCUCACAAAAGUUACUAAAGAGCGUGAGCACAAAUUAAAGGUUGUGUGGGACCAGAUAAAUCACUGUACUCUGAAACUGCGUCAGUCUACGGGGCUUAUGGAAUAUUGUCUUGAAGUUAUCAAAGAAAAUGACCCUUCUGGGUUUCUACAGAUUUCAGAUGCUUUAAUCAAACGUGUUCAAGUUUCUCAGGAGCAGUGGGUGAAAGGAGCUCUGGAACCAAAAGUCUCUGCUGAAUUUGAUCUGACUUUGGAUAGUGAUCCUUUGUUGCAGUCCAUUCACCAGCUGGACUUCAUUCAGAUGAAAUGUAGGGUUCCUGUUUCAGUCCCGCCAGUUCCACUACUGCAGCUGGAGAAGUGCUGUACCCGAAACAACAGUGUGACCCUAGCCUGGAGGAUGCCCCCUUUUAGUCACAACCCAGUGGAGGGUUACAUCUUGGAACUUGACGAUGGAGAUGGUGGCCAGUUUCGAGAAGUGUAUGUUGGUAAGGAGACCCUAUGCACUAUUGAUGGCCUUCAUUUCAACAGUACCUACAAUGCAAGAGUCAAAGCCUUUAAUUCAUCUGGAGUGGGCCCUUACAGCAAGACUGUUGUUUUACAGACUUCUGAUGUGGCCUGGUUUACCUUUGAUGCAUCUUCAGCCCAUAGAGACAUAGUUCUGUCAAAUGACAACCAGACUGCUACCUGCAGCAGCUAUGAUGACCGUGUUGUUCUGGGCACAGCUGCUUUCUCAAAGGGAGUCCACUAUUGGGAACUGCAUGUAGACCGUUAUGAUAACCAUCCAGAUCCAGCCUUUGGAGUUGCUAGAAUUAAUGUUGUCAAGGACAUGAUGCUAGGAAAGGAUGACAAGGCGUGGGCUAUGUAUGUUGACAACAAUCGCAGUUGGUUCAUGCACUGCAAUUCUCAUACCAAUAGGACAGAAGGGGGUGUUUCGAAAGGUGCAACUGUAGGUGUUCUUCUGGAUCUUAACAAACACACCCUGACCUUUUUCAUAAAUGGGAAGCAGCAAGGACCUUCAGCAUUUGAAAACGUGGAGGGAGUCUUCAUGCCUGCAUUAAGCCUAAACCGAAAUGUUCAGGUGACUCUCCACACAGGACUUGAGAUACCUCAGACUGUAAGACCUCCAAAGUUGCCAAGCAAUUGAGCUCCUGCUGCCUAAGUCUGAGCUGGAUUUUGUAAUAUUUCUAAAUAGAUUUUGGACAUAAAUUGGUUUUAUUUAAAGCAUCCUUAAUUUAGGUUAAAAUCAAAAUUGAUUAUUAGAUUUAGGAUACUCGUUGAUUUCUUUCUACAUGCCUUUAAAUUUUUACAUGGUUUCAAGAGUGCUUACAUCACUGAACUUCCUGUGCAUUUCGGCUGUCAGAGUACAAAAUUAGACCAUAAAAGUACUUUUCUUUAAAAAAAACCAACCAAUCCCCCAAAUCUUUUUCAGUUUUCCUGUGUGGCAAAAACCAGAGGAAGUUAGCUGUACAUGAGAUCUAUUGACUACAGUUUAACCUUCUCUGGAUUAAGCCAAAUGUGGUUACACAUUACUCCAGUGUGGUCUUUGUGAUGAACUACUGUGGAUGAUCACAUUCCACAAAUUUAUGGGCUGGUGAAACAGCAUAUAGAGGAUUCUGCCCUUAAGCUGCAGACCUGGCUCUGUCCUAAGGUAGGAUACCUGCCAUUUGGACUAAGUGACCUGUCGGUCCCCUCUGUUUUCCUACCAUGGGCAUGGUAGAACAAAAAACAGAAAUGGGCAUGACCCUAUUGAGGGCUGUCAGUAGCAUAACUCUCACUGGUUCCACUGUGAAAAGCUCUAGUUUUAAAAAGUAAUAUAUACUGUAGUCAUCAAACUAUUAUUAAUGGAUAGUUCUAGGGGUUGUGGGAUUGAUUACAAAUACCCUAAUCCCAAAUGUGUGUACCUGUAUAUCUGUUUGCAACAUGCGAAUAAGGUUCAUACAAUGGUGCUAUAACUUCAUGGCUUUUCAAGGGAGCUAAAUUAGUGGCUGAUAUGCCAUUUUAAAGCAAAUAAUUAGCAGGUACAGCAGAUCUCUGAAUGUCACCAAAGGUCAACUCACUGUAGGGAAGCCUUGGAUAUAUGGAAUAACUGAAGCAUAAAUCUCAAAUGUAAUGAAUAAUAAUGUAUCCCAGACCUCUUUUCAUGAUUCUGUGUUCUCUCAUUUCCCCCAUUUUCUUGCUUCUUAGCUUUCUUGUCAUGGUGCCAACCCACCCUCCAACCUCUCAUUCCAGUUUGACAAAGUGGCUAAUUAUGAUGCAUGUCGUAUUCAUGAAUAGUCUGAUGGUUUGUGCUGAUGUGAAGUGCCUCCUUCUUCCUAGAAAAGAACUUUGUGGUACUAACACACUUUCAACAAGGAAUUCACUUACCCACAACUAAACUGAGAAGUAGAACACUGAUGAGCCAUUCUAUCCAGAAUUUGCUGAAAAUUGUAAAUAGUGUUUCCCAGGAGGAGACACUUUUCAGGAGAUACCCCCUAAAGGAGUACACCUGUAAGCAAGUGCUUAACAUUUAAGGAUGUGUGCUGUACCAGUGGUCCAAUAAUAUUAUUCACAGGAUUAAUGUUAAGGUGCACUGAAUUGCUUUGAUGGAUGGCUCUUCAGCCCUGCUGGGUUAUUUUAUGGCUUUCCGAGCCUCCAAUCAGUACCAUCCUAAACAAUAAUAAGAAUACAUUCUGAUCAGCAACAAUUAAAAGUUGAUGUCUUGUGUAGCAAAAAAAAAAGUGUUUCAAGCUGGAAUGAGGGUGGGAAAUAUCAUCAACAAUGUGGCAAAAUGAACAUAUUAGUUAAAUCAGGAUUGCUGCAUUUCGAGAACUAUGCUUGUGGCCUGCUCUGAGCACAUGAGGAAAAGGUAUUCAUACCCUUAACUUUAAGGGUGUGAAUAAACUUUGGUGUCAAGAAAUUCUUCUUAGAAUUAAUGUAGUACCUUGUACCAUCAAUUACUUAUCUAACUUCAUCAUACCUUCCUUCUUAGCAUUUUUUUCCUAUUUAUUCACAUGCUUUUGAGAUAUGCCAGACUUUGGAAACACACAUGUAUAUGCAUAUAUGUAGCCUGUCAGAUGAAAGUUAAAACAUGGGUGGAAGUUUGCAUGAUGUGUCUGAUGCUGUGCUGGACUAUUUCAGGCUUCAUGUGAAGGAGACUGAAUGCUUGGAUGCUCCCUACUGGAAAUACUCUUUAAAAAGCUGGCAUGUCAGCUAAAAGCUAGCCUAGAAUCUUAUACCUGAUAGCAUUCAAAUAUUCAGUCCUGUACCUGCAGCCCAGUAACAGAUGCAUUACACAGGGCUUCUGCUGUAUGUCUAUGUGUAUGUAUGCGUGUGUGCCCAGGAACUUUACAAAUAACAAACUCAGUUUUCUGUCUUGCAUGGCAUCUUACUUAUAGAUACAGAAUGUUAUCUUGGUUUGACUUUGGGAUAGUUCAGAUAGAAAAUGCUGGGAGACUUUUUUACUUGCAAGAAUCAUAUUACAUCUGCAUUGUUAAAAAUAUGCAAUUUCUGAGCAUCAAAGAUAAUGGAAGAUGCCAUAGGCUGAGAUUUGUUAGCUCUUGGCCCAAAUAUUGUAUUGUUCAUAGAAAUUGAAGUGCAAUGGCAACUUCUGCUUGGGUAGCAUACUAUCCGAAUCAGCCUUUCAGAAUCAUGGCAACCAGGCAUGUCAAUUUAUAUAUCCAUUUGCUGUCCAGCAAAGCUCAUACUGCAUGACAGGCAUUCUCCUCUCCAGUCAUCUGUCUUGGUCAUUAUUCUUGGUCUGAACAUGCUCAUAAUCACAUGUUCAGCUGCAUGGAAAUCUGUGGCACACAAUUGCAUACAUCUGUUUGGAGACAGAAGCACAUGUGAUUGCAAUGCUAAUAUCGCCAAAAGGAUUCAAUGGCUUGUAUAGUACAGCUUGAUUUCUGUUUUUGGAAGGGGGGAUUUCUAUUGAUUUCCCCUGCCACUAUGUGUCUUAUUCUGUCCCUAGAAGCACAGUUUUAGAAGGCUUAGUGGGAAGGUCCCACUCAAUGAGAUCUUCUCUCCAUGAAGAUUUGGUUGGAUACAAACCAGUGGUUGGACUUCACACAAGGAUUUUAAUUACGGAAAGACACGUCACAAGAAUUGGUUGACUGAACCACUUCAUGUAGAACUUAAAUUUACAUAUGGAAAAAGUGCCAUUUUAACAAAGAGUUUGGGGAAAGAAAUUUUAAAAGUGCAGCAUAGGGAUACCCAAUAGUGAAGAAAUGGGAGGAAACAUAACUGAUUAAGAAUAUGCAACACCUGCCACCACCUUCUGUUCCAGUCCCUGCUUUCUCCUCUACCACCUCCAUUCACAUAAGAGGUAUACAGAAGCUGCUUCUUUUUCUACAUAGACUCACGAAGAGAGAAUAGCAGGGAUGCAAUUAAAUAUUCCCCUUGUUAAGUAUGCAAGCAAAGGUGCUUUCUUGUAUCACUUAGCUAUUUUUAUUAGAGUAAUUUCAUUUGAAAAUGUUCAUAUAACUGUUUUGCAUUGAAAGCAGCAAAGGACAGUGUUCUGUUUCUUUCCUUUCUUGUUUGAUAAUUUUGUCCCAUUUUGUUUUGUCUUUAAAUCCUGUGGGGUUUUCUACAAGCCUACCUCACUUAGCAUGUUAUAGACUUGGCUCACUGUGAAUUUGCCUUCUACUAAUUCAGAACAUGUAGCGAUAAUUUUGGCCUUGGGAGUUCUUCGUAAGAGGGGUUAGUGAUAUGGUCGUGAUUUCCAGACAGUGGACCAAGUUAUGCCCUUCUAAGUCCAUCAACUUCAGUGGACUUGGGAGGGUGUAACACUGCUUAGGACAGCACAGUGAGAGUGUUUCACUUGUACUUGAGGUGUACAGUAGCAAGUUUGAGUUCACUGGCGAAUGUGAUUGUCACAUUCAAACUGUGCAUAUUUAUUUAAAAAUACCAGACAGUGUUUAAUUAAAGAUACCUUAACACCAGCAAGUGUUUAAUUGCGAAAGGGAGGACAGCAAUAUAGUUGGUUGAAGAUUUCGUAAAAAAAGCUUCUGUUUCAGAUGAUCCCCUGGCAACAUAGAUCAUUGCUAUCUGAUUACAAAGGAAUUUUGAAACUUCUUUUGUAUCAUGCUAUGCUCUUUGUGUUUUUCAUGUUUUUCUUGCUGUAUUUUGCUUUUAGAGUUCUGUGUGCUAGUGCUUGCACUAGGACUAGUCAAUUAAUGAGGAAGAUACAUGUUUAGAAACAAAAGCAAGGGACCAUGAAUUCCUUGGAGUUGUGGAGAAACUUUUAAAUGGUCCCCUAAUAUUAAUUUUAAGAAACAGUAUGCUGGGCACCAUCAUGUGAUUUUUCACUAAAUCCAACAGCCCCUUAACACACAUUAUACAAAAGAGGAUUUGUCACAGAGCAUGCACCCAACAGGCAGCCACAGCCAACUCAUAUAACCUCUCCUUUUUAUUUACAAUGUUUAUAUCCUACCUGUCCAAUCAGUACAGCUGUAGAGUACGUACUUCUCAUGCCGAAGGUUCCAGGUUCAAUCCCUGACAUCUCCUGUUAAAGAACCUCAGAUGUUAGGAAGGAUUCUAGAAAACUACUGCCAGGCAGAAUAGACACUACUGAGCUAGAGGGACCAGUUAGUGUCACUGUAAGGAAUUUUAUAUGUUCAUUUUUACCUGUAUGACACUCAGGUUUUCUGCCAUAUUUUUUAAAUAUUUAGGUACAUGCUUUAAACAACAAUAGAUGUACAGUAAAACACAAUGUAUGAAUAGGUCCAAGUGCUAACAAAAGAAGUUAGGAAUAUUAUAUUUGAACACGAUUAUCUUUAGGUAUAAUUUCCCCCCAGUUUUUCUUUCAUAUCUAUACAAUUGGGGUCACACGAGUGUUGUCAGACAGUUGCAUUCUAUACCUUAAUGGGAAAGGUACCAAAAAGCAUUUGUCCCCUGAAGGCACAUGGAGAAGUGUGGAAUUUUUGUUCAUUAAUCACAAGAUGGUGAUCAGUGCCCUUGAUAGCUGAUUGACAUAAAUACAUGUUCAGUCUAUGCAGAAAAUACAAGAAGUCUUUGUAGAUUAACAGAAGGCAUAAAAAUUAUCGUGUGACUCAGCUGUUUGCCUGAAAUAAUGAGGUGUCAGGAACAGAACAGCUCAAAAGCCAUAUAGCAGUGAGGCACAGAGUAUGGCUUUUUGUGCCAGAUGCUCACCCUUUGGUAUCACCCAAGCUACAAACCGAAAGAAUAAAUGCAGUCGGUGCCUUAUCCUGGGAGGGGACCCCAAUGAGGAUUCCAUUUCCCAGCCUCAGUGGGCAAGCUGAUAUAUGACGUUGGGACAGAAUUGCGUCCCUUAAGCUUCAUUGUACACUGCUUUAUAUCCAGACAGCUGGAGGAGCACAAAUCAUGCCAGGUGUAAAUUUAUUUGCAAGUAGUAGUACCAAUCUGUGGAUCAUUUUUCACUCUAUGUUUUUUUGCUCCUUAUUGCUCAUAUGUAGGAACAGGGAAAAACUGAGACACAAGAAAAUAUUAUAGUCAAUCAAAUAAAAUCAAACCAAACUGCUAACGUGGCCAUAAAACAUGACGGAGAAUAAGCACUGGAUCAGAGAGAUUUUUUUAGUCAUGAUGGAGAGAGGUUUAAAUGAGUAGAUUGCCAUCCUCACAGAAUGACGGUAGCUAAGCAUCUUUGGGCUGGGUCAUGGUGAUCAGGCUGCUUGAGCAUCCUUUCCACAUUCUCAGGUGUGUCUAUGAAGCGCAUACCUGUACAUACUUAGAGUCAGUAUCACCCAAGAAAGUUGGAGAAAGACUACUGAACUGCAGUUAAACAACCCAAGUCCUUUAGUCUAAGCCCCGCAGGCUGUUUCCCCUAGAUCUUGUGUUGGAUACAGGCCCUGCCUGCUUUUGAUCUCAUUCCCUAUUAUAUUUUGGGAAAAACGUGUUGGGAAAAGGGCAAAAGACAUGCAGCCUUAUGAUACUGGGACCUUCAAGUGUGUUUGAGAAGAUCGUAAGAUUGCCAACUUUUGAUCUGAAAUAUUGUAGCCAUUAGGUGGGUCUGAGCAGGGAUAGAGCCCAGAAGUACAGCAGGUUUAUCACCAAACUUUGGGAAUCCAAAUCAAAAACAACGAACAGUUUUGAUUGUUUUCUUCUCUGGUGUUUGGGUAACCCAAUUGUAUGGUAUUACAAUUAUGCACCUUCAUCUACUUGUUUCCCUUACUUGAUUUUUUUUUACCAGUGUAAUGAAGUUUUAAUUUUAGAAAUGGCCCUUAAAAUGCUCUCCACUAUUUUUGUAUUGUAACCUCUGAGGAUCAAAGAAUAUCCAUCAGAAUCACGUGCCUCCUCCAGACAUUUCUUGCAUAAACUUUUGAGAACUGAAAUGGAACUGAAUUCAGCUUUCCACAGAAUGAGGUGCAGUACUGCCAAGCUCCUCCUGUAGACAAAUCAGGCCAAGAAACAUGAAGAGUGUCUCUGAAAACAAAUAGCUGGGUGGCAGAAUUGGAUUAGGAACUGUAGCUUGCUACUCUGGAUGUCCUGUAGAUCCAGUGACAAACAGAACCUUCCCAGGGACAAUGCUUUCCUGUGGGGUUUCUCUUGUUACGGAACUUCCAUAGAUCACUUUCAAAUUAAGCAGUAUGGGGCUCUGCUUAAUUCCAUCUGCCACACUGUAGAUUUCGAAAGAAUUCAGUAGUAAAGAGGCAAAGAGGUUUUUGAAGGUUUAGGCUACUUCCUUACCAACCCUCCAACUAUUUCAAUGGUAAAGUCACAUCCUUAGAUUUCCUGUUACCACUGAGGUGUGAGAGGGGAAGGAUAUGUUUUGGAAAAUUUUAAGACAUCAUUCAUUUACAGCAUGCUGUUUUGCAGUAUAGAAAACUAUCCUUUAUCAUUCUUCCUUUUAAUUCCUUAACAAAGUUGCCCCACAUUAUUUUUGGUGCAGCCAAGCGGGGAAAACAAUACAGAUGUAUGACAGGCCGUGGGACUAUGCAGUUGCUCAGUGGCUUCUUUUCUUUUGAUUAAAAACAAAACCUAAGCCUAAAAUGAUUUGUUGAUGUAAUUCUAUCUGACAGUCUGUCAUUCAUUCUGAUUUAUUUGUGGGUGGGGGGGUGGGAGGGAUUGGUUUUCUUUUGGGGAAAGAAUAAUUUUAAUGGAAACAUGACAGUGGGUUUUGCAUGCGAAUUGGAUUUUCCAAAUUUAGAAAAUACAGGCAAAGGAUGUGUCAGUUACCACUGUGUAAUGCAAAUAAUAUAUAGACGAGGGCUACAAUCCAACAGUGAGGUAUGCUUGAAGUCACUGAUCCCAGUGGUUCUAAUCAUACCAAGCUCUGCAUCAGAUUGUGCUUCAGUUUUUAAAAAGUGAAAUGAGAUAUAUCAGUUUAAGAGGAGAAGUAUUAAUAUGUAAUGUAAUGUAUGAUGUAUACAUACCAAUCCAUCUUCGUGUAAAUAAUGCAUUGUAAUGUACUGCUGUAGUUGGUUAUUGGUCUGUGGUCAGGUUCCAUUGUAGUGUUGUAGAUUUUUAAAAAUGUGUUUCAGCAAAAAAAAAAGAGCACUUGGUUUCCAAAUUUCUUAGACGUUAGAACAAGAGGAAAUGUGCUGUUUUGACUUUCAUCCUCCUCUUUUAAAUAUGGAUAAUGAUUCUGAAAACAGUUGAGACUCAGCAGCCUAUUGGAAUGCAAGGCCCUGUCACUUGCUUGCUCUUGCAGUUUAGGGUAUUGCAGACACAUAAAACCACAGCUCUUCUUCACCUGCAACACUCAAACCGGGUUUGUGCAUUUAUCAGACAGGCAAUCCUCUGUGCGGUGGACACAUAAUUUAGCAUUAACACCUGCCACCCUGAGGCAUAAACGGGCAUGACUUUCACUCUUCUUUUUUAAAAGUUUUAAGGCAGAGGUCUCCACAUGGAGCAAAGGAAUGAUGCAAGGCACAAUUUCCUUUUAGCAUGCAGAGGGGAUCACUUGGGGAGACUGAAACAUGCAGGUGGGGCAGAGCUGUGGUGUAGCCUUACUGUGGCCUUUACUACAUGUCAAGUAGCCCUCAGUGGGAAACAGAGGAAGUAUGAUGAAUGUAGUAAUGCAGUCUUUUUGUAAUUUCAGUGAGUCUUUCCAAAGUUUAAGUACCAACUCCAACAAAUAACAGAAGAGGUGGGAGGUGAAAGGACAGCUCAUUAUUGCUCACAUUUAACCUAUUUUAUUUUUAAAAGGCAGUUGCCUAUUUUUAUUGACAAUAUUUAUUUGAUAAUAAAAAAAGAACAGGAAAUUCAAGCUCAAAUUUGUUACAAUGCAAUAAAUGUAUUCAGGCUUCUUCAAGCCAGAAAUCCAUGCAAAACUCCAGAGAGCAUAUAACCAAGGGUUCUGCAUUCUCACACAAUAUGGACAGAUCGAGACAGGUUUUAUCUAAAAGGAUUUACUUUGGGGCUGGAUUAGCCUGUGUACACACAGUUUUUAUCCUAACAGAACAAUCCCAAAUUGGGAGGAGGUGGUCGCUAAGGUUCUCAUUAAUUUCACAUGAUCAAAACCCUGUUGAGAAGGAGGGCAACAGUCAGGUGGGAAAGAGUCACAUGAUUGGCCAUAUCCAUCUUCCAGGAUGGCCCAAUUGUGUGGACAGUUUUCAUUCCCAUACCAUAUACUUCUCAUGCAGAGCUUCUCCAUAUAAUUAGCAUCAUCCAUAUGGUAACUAAAUUUCAAAAUUUGCACUCUGCUAUGGAGCACUACCCUGAAAAAAACCUUUUCAGUGGACCCAGUAGAGGAAUUAUAUAGUCAAAUCAGUGUACUAUAGAGUAGUACAGAUUGUGACCAAAUUGUUCAAGCAAAGGAGUCUACAACUUUCCAAUACACAGGACACCUUUUAAAAUCUGAAGUUUAGAAAAUACCUGCUAUUAAAUAUCUUGCUAUUUGUAUGUAUUUAUACAAUGACUUCCAUGUGCCUAUUUCAGUGUAGUCAAGGAGAGUCUGUGACAUACAUAUCAAGGGAAGUGUUCUAAAAUAAGUUUCUGCAUAUGGCACCCAUAAUCCUCUGAUCCAGCCUUAUUUACCAAGUAGCAUUUCACAUUAACUGGAAGAAAUUACAGUGAAUAACUACUUCUACCAACUGAACAGAGGACCAUUUUCUGAGGAAACAUUUUCAGAUGCUUUUAGAGCAAUUAUAAAAUUGUCUUCCAGUGGAAAUGUGUUACCUAGGGACUGCAGUCUUUUGUUGCAUCUUAACAUUUUCACAUGGAGGUGGUCAGCUGGCUUUUAAAUAACAUCCAAUCUGGUGUUGACCAUGACAUCAUAAAUCACCAUGAGCAGACCAAGCUUCAAAAUGAAAGUCCUUCCUCCAUGGAAGGCUUCAAGCACCUUUUUUGAAAAAGAAAAAACAACAACCUGCAACACAUUAUGAAUGAUUUUAUGACUGUACUAACUCUUUAAGAGUAUCCGGUCUUAGCCUCAGAAACAGGCUCAUGCACUUAUUACAUUUUAAACAGAAAUCCCAGACUUGUACCUCUCUCUCCCUUUGACCACCCAGUCUUUUCCAGGAAAGAACAGGUAUGUACAUGUGAUCAGGAAGAUAGCACGUCCAAAUAAAGCCAGGUUCAUUCCUUGAGAAGAAGGGAUGUGUGUUAAGUGAUAUUUAUACUGGUUGCGAUUACUCCCUAAAAAGUAAUGCAGGAACAUGACUGUUUCCUUAGCUUUGCCAACAGCUGAAAGAUAAACUUUUGCAUUUAAGGAUAGUGGGGAUGAGGUCACUGGGCAUGGAUUCUCUGACAGGGAAGGAAAGCCAGUGGAAUUUUUUACCGCCAUGCAGCUACUAAAGACAGAGGAACCCUUUAGGGUGUUGCAGGAAUUGAUUAUCCUGCAUCGUAUAAAUGCUGUCAAUAAAAAUACCAAGCUGUUAAAAACAGUGAAUGGAAGCACAGCCAGGAGACACAGUAUGAUGAAAAUGUUAUAGAAUUUAAUGCAUGAAGUAGAACUGCUGUUUUUUCUCGAGUUAUUAUAAAAAGCAUGAAAGACAAUAAUUGUUGGCAAAAAAACCCUUGGAAAGAUAUUCACAGGUUAUGUUCAUGUCUGAUUAUGUAAGAGAAAAAUAUUAUUUUCUCAGUUUUCCUUCCUUAAUCAUGACACUUUAGGAUUUCCCCCCUCAUGUAUCAUCAUUUGUAUCCUUAUGUCUGGUGGAAUGUACAUCUCUUUGUCACCAGAUCAAGCAGGGAUGGAAAAAAAUGAACUUUUUCUAAUUUUCUACCUGUAGCAAAGUUUGUAUUUUUUGAAUUGGAAUCAAAAUGUUUUUGUCUUAUUGUCUCCAAGUCAAACUUUUGUGUAUUCCCCUUUUGGAAAACAUAAAGUCUGAGUUUAUGAUGUUUUGCAGAUUUUAAAUAAAUUCUUACUACACUGCCAAC